AUGGCCAAACGAACCCUCGACUCCUUCUUCAAACCAAUAUCUCCACCAAGUCCGAAAAGACCAAAACCAGAAUCCAGUACAAGCAACGAUCAAUCUGAACCCUCAUGCGAACCCAAGCUCUACACACACUUAACAUACCCCAUCGCAAUCCCCGAACUCCCCUCACACAUCGAGAUCGCCCUAGUACACGGGACUCCAGCCCGAGAAGCCAAGAGCAUAACGAAUCAACCACACUUGGACCUCCUCCAAUUCCAACCCUACAUUACCCGACCCACGGCAAACGAACUAUUCAAGUUCCUCCGCCGGUCUCUCCCAUUUUACCGCGUGCAAUACGAGAUUAAACGCGGUGGCAUCCAAACGAAGAUCAAUACACCACGAUAUACAACAGUCUUUGGAGUAGACGAUACCUCACUCUUCGUAUCUCCUCAUCAACUUCACGAUCCCACAUCCAACUCAACCUCAAAUCCAAAAGAAUCAAAUCUAGACCUCCACCUAAUAAACACAAGCACCAAAACCCCCAUCUCAUCAACAAAAUACCAAUAUACCCCUCGACCCAUUCCUCCAUGCCUCGAUACACUCCGUCAAUGCAUCGAAAAAGCCACAGGAGCAAGAUACAAUUUCUGCUUAGUGAACUACUACGCCAGCGGCGAAGAUAGUAUAUCCUUCCACUCAGACGACGAGCGAUUUCUAGGCGCACAACCUAACAUCGCAUCGUUAUCACUUGGUGGAGAACGGGAAUUUCAUAUGAAACAUAAACCGAUUUCUGAAUCAGGGAAUGUUAAUAUGAAUAUGAAUGGUAGUACAAACAAACCCAUUGCAUCUUCAUCUGCAGCCGAGUCAGAUCCAAGUUCCAAAUUAAACGGGUCUACGAAUACCGGGGUACGAUCUGGACCUGCAUUGUUAUCUACAAGUGCAGGUACACAAACCCAAACACAACCACUUAAGAUGGGACUGUUAUCUGGUGAUAUGAUUGUGAUGCGUGGUGAUACACAAGCAAACUGGCUACACAGUAUCCCGAAACGACGAGGACGAGGUGGUGAUGCGAUUCGAGGAAGGAUAAAUAUUACAUUUCGGAAAGCGAUCAUACCAGCUGGGACGAAUAAUUAUUAUCAUUAUAAUGUUGGCACGGGGCCUGUUUAUCGAUGGGAUGAAGAGAGGGGAGUGAUGGAUUUAAUGAAACCAUCUACUAGUACAUGA